GUGUUUUGAAUUGUGAGUUUUGUGUGCAUGUGAAUAAGCUAGUAUCCCUAUUGUACUACAAAAAAAAAGGGGUUGGCUUGCAAUCUUUUGUAUAAUUCCAUUGUCACUUUGUGGAAUACCGUCAAAGCAUUCGCUAGCUUUAUUCAUUUUUAUAUAAUAGCACGGCAUUUAUUAUUAUUAUCUACGUGUGAAUUUCAAUUCAAUUCAAUAAUAAUUACAAACACUGCGUUUUAGUUUUUUUGUGUUCUCCUUUUGUGUGAAAUAUGAAGGAAAUUUAUAAAUUCUGUGAUUGUUUUUUUCUUUUGUCUAAAUGAAUGAAUAUGUUUUGAUUGUAAUUAAAUUGUUUUAUGGUAUCUGUGCUUUUGAAGUGAAUACAAAAUGGCGGAUAAGUAAAAGAAACUAACGGUUUUAAAGAUUAAGAAAAAAUUUUUAACAAAAUGUCUCAUUCAAUUGCAAUGGCAAACGAACAGUUAUUGCAACAUUUAAUCAAUAAUAUUGAUGAUAUCUUUGGCCAAGCUGAAAACUACACUCAGAAUGCAAUUUUUAAAACCGAACAAGGAAAAUAUUUAGCAAGCAGCUUAGGUGAUCCUCUUAUAAAAGGUCUCACAGAAAUUGCUGAAAAACGUCCCACAGAUCCAGUUGCAUAUUUAGCUGGUUUUCUACAGAAUUUUAUAAAAUCUCGCAAUAAUAUAAACAAUAAUAACAAUGAUAAUGAUAACAAUAAUAACCGUGACAACGAUACUGGUGAUACAAACUCCACAGCUUUGGCCAAUUCGGAUGCUGAAAUUAUAACAACACCAAACCAUGUGAAUGGAGUAGAUUCUCCAGAUCAACAGGGAGAAGAACGUUUUUCAACACCAGAAUCAACUCCAAAAAAAGAAGAUCGAGAUGAACAUGGUCAGAGUAUGUUGCAUUUUGCAUGUGCACGAUCACAUCGAAGGAAUGGUCUACUGAAUUUAAUUGAAGAAUCACAAAUUGAUGUGACUUAUAGGGAUGAACUCUAUCGUACAGCUAGAGAUGUAUCUCUGCAAGCAAAUCAACCAGGAAAUGCCAAAGAAAUUGAUCGUUUUGUACUGUCAUUGGCAGUUGUUGGAGAUACAAAACCAUUCGAACACAUGGCAGUAGCUGGAUAUGAUCAUAUCCUUGAUGUAAUUGAUGACGAAGGAACCUCUAUUUCAGAUGUAGCAGAAUCAAGAGGUCAUGAUAAAUUGGUUGAGUUCUUAACUGAAUUAAGAGACUUGGAAGGAUCUCGAGAAGAACUUCAUCAAGCUACAAGAAAUGGUGAUUUUGAAAGAAUCAAAGAAAUAACAUCAACUCGAAAAGGAAAAUGGCUAAUUAAAGCCAAAAAUUAUUAUGGUCGAAAUGCUAUGCAUAUUGCCGUUUUGAAGGAGCAAGAAGAAAUUGUCGAAUAUUAUGUCAAUACUUGUUCAGAUGCGUUGAAAAUAGGUGAUAAUCUGGAAAGAACACCAUUGCAUUAUGCAAUGGGUACAAAUUCUGUAGAAAGUAUUAGUCGAGUUUUAAUACGUAAAGGUGCCAAGCGAACAACAAAGGACUUAAAGGGACGUCAGCCAAGUUAUUAUUUUAUAAACAAAGCAGAUAUAUUGCGAUUACAAGAAGAAGAAGAUGAACAUCGUUAAAAGAAAAAUGAUGCUGUUGUAACUCUAAAAAUUCUAAAAUUGUUAUUAUGAU